GGCUGGUUGGCUGGCUGGUUGCUGGUUGGCUGGUUGCUGGUUGGCUGGCUGGUUGCUGGUGGCUGGUUGCUGGUUGCUGGUUGGCUGGUUGCUGGUUGGCUGGUUGGCUGGCUGACAUUUGUUGUAGUUUGUCAAGUAGCCGUGUGCAAAGAGAUGGGAAGAAGAAAUUAGAUAUCCUGAUGGCAAAGAUCAAACUGACCUGAAACGCAACACCCUGAUUGGCAGGAAACGGUCUGAUGAUCCCGUUGCCCCUCUAGCCUAUUUUCUCUUCUACCUAGUUUUAGGAUGUUGGAAGGGAAGGAGAAGAGGAGUGAAAAAGGGUGGAAGAAAAGGAACCCACAAAAUAGCCAAAAGCCUGGAGACAUGCCAAUGUCUCCUCUCUAUCCAGGGGCAGACCUGUGUCCCCCGGAACAAAUACUCCUCCCCACUCCCUUGUUCCCUUCCCCCUCUCCCUUGUCCUCUAUCACUUCUUCAUCUCUUAUUACCUGCUCUUGUCCCUCUGGUGCAAAUAAAUCUCCUUUGUGCUGACAACUUGGUCUUGGGGUCCUCAGUCGAUACCAAUCCUUUCACCUAUGUAUUACUCUAGAGGACCGCUUUACUCACAGUCCUUUCUCUCUGAUUUCAACUUUUUCUCAGAACCAGACUGGCUUUUCUGAUGGUGCCUUACUGUCUCCAACAUUUUGCCCAGGCAGUCCUCCCACCCUCUGUUCUGCCUCAUUAUGUCCUGGAGUGGCUUAUACUGCCAUGGACGUCCUGCGUUCUUGAUGGGUGUUGUCUUGCGUGUCUGCCUUCCUUGUUCGUAGGUUCCAGCCAUAUUGUCCUUUCUGUCUGCCAUGUACUCUGCAAUACCCACCCUGCAGCUCAGGCACCUACAGUUCGCUCCCUAGACUGGGGCUUUGCAAUCCAGCAUGACUUUGGAUCGGAGAGUUGUUACUAGGGUCUGGCCUGUGUGUCAGUGGAUGUUGAGUUUCGUUCUUGUCUGUAUCCACUGCAUGCCAGCACUCUCUCCCCUGCAGCCAUGACAACCUAAGACACACCCAUGCAUUGCCCAGUGUCCCUUGAGGGCAGAGUUGCCCAUCUGAGAAAUUGACUUAGAUUCUCCCUCAGCUAGUUUGAAUUUAAGAUUUGCUUUUUCACAGAGCUCUCACUUCAAAGAAAAUGGAAGUGUGUGGCACAGACUUUUAGUGCCAGCAUUCAGGAGGCAGAGACAGGUGGAGCUCUGGAAGCUUGAAGCCAGCCUAGUUUACAAAAAAAGUUCCAGGAUAUCCAGAGCUAUGGAGAGAGUCUGUGUCUCAAACAACAACUACAGCAUGAAGGUCUUGGAAGUCUUUACGUGACAAAGAUGCGACUAGCCAUUCUAGACCUCCCAAACUUUCAGUAUUGAAUCUGAAUGAAGCAAAACUUCCUUUCUCUGGAGAUGACAGAAACAUGGUUGUGACCUGGGUUCCAGAAGAAAUGGCGAAGAAAACGAUACAAGAAAAGGCUGGUGUUCCCAGCAGGUCUGUGAAGAAGAGGAGAAAGAAAUGGGGAGAGACAAGCAAGCCGUCUCUGUAUUACCGUGGAAGGCGGUACUUGAGGAGCCCAGCAGUGCUUGUACCUCCUCCCUCCCCAGUACACUUCUUGGAGCAAUUACAUUCUGAAGCCAUACCACUAUGGGCUCAAGUCGACAUGCUUCCGCAGGAUCUAUUGAAGGAAUGCAUCUUGUCACAUGAGAAAUCCACAGCUUGCCCUGAGGUGAAAAUGGAGCUGUCUAAGAUGAAAAAGUCUCUUCCCCUGGAAAAGAGCCGGCCUGACAGUGCCGUCUCAUCUAAGAUGUAUCUGACUAUCCAGCGCCUCACCCUGCAAAGACCAUCACUGCGGUAUCCUGAUUGCCUGAAGAAGCUGCGCCACAACCUGAAGCGAGGUGAGGGCCCUGCUGGGCAUGGAUCCUCAGAUUCCUGGAAGCAGCAGGAGGAGAAAACCUCUACUAAGAAACAGGAGGCUAAAAAGAAAGCCAAGCGAGAUGUUGAGGAACAGUAUGGGGAAGAAACCAUGUCGAGCGAUUCCUUCCAUGACCCUUCCUUCCAUGACCAUGUAGGACUCAGAAUAUCACGACGUGAAAUUGAACGAAAGCUGUUGAAAGGGGAGGUGGGAAUGGAGAAAACAUCCCUAGAGAGACGUGUUUCCGUAGAAGAGCCAAUGGCAUAUGAGUUCGGCAGCUACUACACUGCCAGCUACUACACCAGUCCUGAGAGUGCUCUACUAUAUGAAACAAUUUACCAGGACCUUAAUGACGGGGAGGAGACUGAGUUGGAAGUCGAGGCUUUCAGCAAAGACAAUAACCCCAAGAGCCUUUCUGCAGUUAUGGACAAUAUCAGCUGGAACCCCGAGCUCAAACUGCUGAGGAUUCUUCAGGCCACCGAGGAGGAAAAUGAGGAAGGCCAUCUUUCUAGGGCACAGAGUGAGGCGUCUCUAGAAGCUUAGGCUCAAGCCAUCACUUGGGGGCAGCCUUAGCCAGAAGAGUUCUUGGUAUUCUGAGGACAACAACCUUGGACACGGGGAAGAAAAGAGAGAAUAUUGUUCUUUGGAUCCUCCAGAAGGACCAGGCCCUAGACACCCUGUAUUCUUCAUUUAUGUUUUACUUCCAAAUUGAGUGGGGAUAAAGGUCUAAUUCCAUGGAAUAGAGGCAGCUUUUCCACGAUUAAACACAACCCCUUCUAGCAAA